UGCAUCAUGCGCACUUCCGCAGCUCUUUUGGCGCUCGGCUACUACGCCGCUGGUGCGGUCGCCGACGAGGUCGUUGCCGACAGCACUGCCGCAGAGCCCAGCUCAUCAGCAGCUGGUGUCAGCCUUCCGGCUUUCACACCCACGACUCUCAAAGCACCGUUUCUCGAGCAGUUCACCGAGGGCUGGGAUGCCCGGUGGAAGCCAUCGCACGCCAAAAAGGAGAACACUGACGAGGAGUGGCAAUAUGUUGGAACCUGGAACGUCGAGGAGCCGACUGUCCUCAAGGGAAUCGAGGGCGACAAGGGUCUUGUUCUCAAGGACAAGGCUGCUCACCACGCCAUCUCGGCCAAGUUCGACAAGCCCAUCGACAACAAGGGCAAGACUCUUGUGAUUCAGUACGAGGUCAAGCUGCAGAGCUUCCUUGAGUGCGGUGGUGCCUACAUGAAGCUUCUCCAGAACAAUGCUGCGCUCGGCACCGACGAGUUCUCCAACGCAUCGCCCUACAUUAUCAUGUUUGGCCCUGACAAGUGCGGUCCUAACAACAAGGUUCACUUCAUCUUCCGCCACAAGAGCCUCAUCACUGGCGAGUACGAGGAGAAGCACCUCGAUGCGCCACCACCAUCAAUCAUCGACAAGUUGACCAAUUUGUACACCCUCAUCGUUCGUCCUGACCAGACUUACGAGAUUCUCAUCAACGGAGAGUCAACCAAGAGCGGCUCCCUCCUCGAGAACUUCAGCCCUCCGGUCAACCCUCCGAAGGAGAUUGACGACGAGGCCGACUCGAAGCCAGAGGACUGGGUUGAUGCUGAGAAGAUUGCGGACCCGGAUGCGGUCAAGCCCGAAGACUGGGACGAGGACGCGCCUUACGAGAUCACCGACGAGUCGGCCGAGAAGCCCGCUGACUGGCUGGAGAAUGAGCCUCUCACCAUCCCUGACCCAGAGGCCCAGAAGCCCGAGGACUGGGAUGACGAGGAGGACGGUGACUGGAUCGCGCCCUCUAUUGCCAACCCGAAGUGCGAGGAGGCCUCUGGAUGUGGACCGUGGACGAAGCCAUUAAUCAAAAACCCUGCCUAUAAGGGCAAGUGGAUGCGCCCCUUCAUUGACAACCCUCUCUACAAGGGAAUCUGGGCUCCUCGCAAGGUUGCCAACCCCAAGUACUUCGAGGACAAGGAGCCCGCUAACUUCGAGGCUAUCGGAGCUGUCGGUUUCGAGCUGUGGACCAUGAACGAGGACAUUCUAUUCGACAACAUCUACAUCGGUCACAGCGUCGAGGACGCCAAGGCCCUCCAAAAGGAGACCUUCGACGUCAAAAAGCCCAACGAGAAGGCUGCCGAGGAACAGGCCAAGCCCGAAUCCGAGAAGGCGCCACCAAAGAGCCCGUUCGACUUGGUCUUCCAGGACGACCCGAUUCUCUUCAUCAAGGAGAAGACCGCGCUCUUCAUCGACCUUGUCCAGAAGAACCCCGUCGACGCCAUCAAGUUCGUUCCUGAAGUCGCUGGCGCAAUCGGUGUCGCCAUCCUCACUCUCCUCCUUCUCAUCGUCGGCGCCGUCGGCGGCGGCGCCGCCGCUGCCCCCAGCAAAGAGGAGAUCAAGGCCAAGGCUGAUCAGGCCAAGAAGGUCGCUGAGAAGGCCAAGAACGAUGUCGCCGCUGCUGUGUCGAGCGGUGCUGAGAAGGUUCAGUCCGAGGUCAACAAGCGAACAGGAAAGAGCACUUGAGCGAAUGAAUCAUGUGGUUGAAGGACGGAAGGAUGCAAUACCUGUGGAUGACGAGCAAGCUGGUAAGAAAAGGAAAUGAAGAUCCGAUGUCAUACACAUUUGACGACCAGCGGCUCCAGCGGAGUCGGUUGUGUUCGGCACAUGUACAUUAAGUCU